AUGUCCCUCUUGGGCCCGGUGAGCGCUUUGCUGGCGACGGGCUGUGUGGUCCAGCAUCGGAUUUUCUCGCCCAUCACGCAGCGGACCUACUUUUUUGGCCUCAUUGGUCCACCACAUGACUGGUAUGUUGGCUUUGGCAUUGCCACGUUCGUUUGCGCUAUCGUCAUCGUGCUCUUCUAUCACCACCUGCAUUCCGUGUCGCACACCUUCUAUGCACGGAGUCUCCAGAAGGCAUACUUCGAGCACGGCAAGGACCAGACAUGGUCUGAUGUCAAGAACAACGACUACUGCCCACUCUUCCUUUUCACUGGUACGGUGACGGACUUUCGUCAACCGGGAGACGAGAUGGCGAUAACCGAGAUCUCCAUGAGCCCACUUCACACCGGCAGCGACAAGACGGGCUUUGUCGACACACCGCCUUGGCGGAGCCUUGCAAAGUCUGCAGCUUUGGCGGCGGCUGCCACCGAUGCCUUUAUCAUCGGCAUGUUGGACCGCGCGCGGUAUCGCUUUUGGUUGGAGUUUCUGAACCUCCGAAUGGGUGACUACAUCCUCUUCGAACGCCGACCUCUAAAGCUCGUCGCGAAAAUCAGCCGCUGGAGGUGCAUCUCCGACAAGCCGUUUUUCCUUUACGGGACGGUCCCCAUCAUUUUGCAGACCGUUGCUUUGGUGCCCGAUCUGCAAUCUGGGAGUCGGGGCUUUUCAGGUUCUUCUGGUGCUUCUGUGUACAGAAGCUGA